AAUUUAAUGAUUAAUCGAUUUGAAGAUAAACUUGCUUUGGGUCUGUCAAGAACACUUAAAGAUCAAGAGAAUGUGAUGCCAAAAUCAUCAUUGAUGAAAGAUGAAUAAAAGAUAUAGCAAAUUCUGACUGUCAAAUAAAAGGAAAUUGAGUACAAGAUGAAUCAAGAGAAGGAGAGGUACCUUAUAAAUAAUAAUAAUAGAUUUAAGUAAUAAUACGAGUUGGAGAUUAAGAUUCUAAAGGAAGAUCUGGCCUACUAAUCUCAUGCAGCCGAGAUGGAAAAGGAAAAGUGUGUAAAAUUGUUGAAAGAUGAAAUCUAAGGUUUGUAAGAUGAAAUUUAAAAUAUUAAAAUCUAAAAUAUUGAAGAAAUCAGUAAUCUAAAGAGUAAACAACAAAGAGAAUAAUAACUGUAGAUUAGUGAAUUUUAGAGAGAAAAAUCACAAUUAUUGGAAAGGAAUGUUAAGGAGAUUAAAAAGAUGGAACAAUUAAGAUGUUAAGAAUUAGAAUAAUGGAAAAAUAGAACCUUGAUGGAUAAAGAUUAAACAUUGUAAUUGUUUGAAGAAUAAAAACAUAAGGAAAUUAAACAAUUGACUGACACAUUUACCUAUUAAUUAUAAUAAUAAAAAUAAGAAAAUGAAUAAUCCUUAAGGUUAUAGAAGACAUAAUAUGAUCAAAAACUACAGAAAAUAAGUGACCAAUUGGAUGUUGAAAGAAGUAAUUGUGAAAUUUUAAGAAAAAGAUUGUAGGAAUAGAAAAAGUAAUUCGAUUUGGAUAAUGAAGCUUUGAAAAAGGAGAAGUAAAUUAGAGUGGAACAAUUGUAAAUAGAGAUUUUUUAGGAAAAAUAAAAAUAUCAACAAUUACAAUAAGAAAUGGAUUAGAUGAAAUUUAAUUUGGCUUAGAAGGAGUAAAAGCUAAUUGAAGAGAUAGAGUAAAAGGAAGUCGAAUUGAGAAACCAAUACCAUGAGGACAUGAAUCAAUUAUAUUAAAGAUAGAUUGAAGUUGCUUAAAGCUUGGAACUUCAAUAUAAAGAGUUAGAUGAGGCUGCUGAGAAAAAAUACAAUAAAUUGAAGAGUUAGUAUGAAGAGUUAUAAUCAAUAAUGAGAGACACUUUAGAUAAAUAGGAAAGAAAACCUUUGAGACCUUUGCAACAAUAAAGAAGUAAGAAUAUUUAUUGAUAAACUAGGAAUCGGCUCCAAAGAUAGAUAAUAAGAGGAAGAAACAGGAUUAUAAAUGCUCAAUCUUUUAGAAUAGGCUUAACGAAGAUCAUCAUAAAUGUCAAAUAGAAAAGAACUCAAAAAACCAAUAUCUUGA